AUCACAGCUGACAGCACAGUGAAGUGAAACAUCAAACAUCCCGCGCAAUCGGAUGGCUGCCUUGCAAAUUGAUAAUUUAUGCUUGCUUGCUAUUUAUUAAAUAUAGACGAAUAAAUACAUUAUAUAUAUUUAGAAUGCUUUUUAAAGUCGAAAGAAAUAACAGUACUGCAACAGAAGAGGAUUUUCGUCCCAACGAAUUAGAAAGACACAUUGAAGUCUAUACAGAUUAUUCUCAGCGAUUUUACAGAGUAUCUCGUGAUUUUUCUAAACAGUAUGCUCAUAUUUAUUCUGCUAGACUAAAUACAUUCCGUACCAUCCUCGAACCUGUUAUAAGAGAAAAGUGGCAACAAGACUACAAAAUCUUAAAACUAUGUCAACUUCGAGAUAAGAAUACACCUUGUGUUAUUAUUGGAACAUUAUUCAAAUUUCAACAGUUAAAGCCCAGCAUACUCAAAGAAUUAUCUGAUGAAUUGGAGAUAAUUCCUCAACCAACUAGGACCCACUUUGUGCAUGAAUCUGAUAGUUUAGUAUUAGAAGAUGAGCUGCAGAGAAUCAAGCUGGUUGGUGAUUCAAUUGAUGUGCAUCAAGUGGUUACUGGAGUAGUUUGUGCAGUCUUAGGUUCAGAGGAAGAGGAUGGAGUCUUCACUGUAAAAGAUGUGUGUUGGGCAGGAUGUGGUAUGCAAAAACCUUUGCCAGUACUCCCUAAUGACAGAUAUAUUGUUCUUGUGUCUGGACUAAAUAUGGCUUCAAAGGAAGCAGAUCACUUGUUUUCCUUACAUUUGCUACUUGAAUGGGUGUCUGGUAUGUCUGGGACAUUGACCUAUCAGGAAGAGCUUUCAAAAAUUGUUCGCGUGAUUGUUGCAGGUGGAGUUUUUGCAAAUUACUCCAAUGAAAGUUCACUCAAAGAAUCUGAUGUGAUAUCCUCAGCUUGUACAGUCGAUACUUUCUGUGCAGCCGUCAGUUCCGUGGCGCCUCUAGAUCUAAUGCCGGGCAGCAAAGACCCUACUGGCAUUAUGUUACCCCAAAAACCUUUUCAUUAUUGUUUGUUUCCAAAAGCCAUUGAAUAUAAAUCAUUUAAUAGAGUAUCUAACCCAUAUGAAUGCGAUAUUGGAGGAUUACUUUGUUUGGGAUCUUCAGGAGAAUCUGUGAAAGACAUUAGGAGAUAUAGUAAAAUGGAUGAUAAUUUAGAAGUUAUGCGGAAAAUGUUGGACUGGAGACACAUAGCACCCACAUGUCCUGAUACAGUGCCAUGCACACCAUGCAUUGAUUCUGAUCCAUUUGUUAUACAAAACUGCCCUGCCAUUUAUUUUAGUGGAAAUAGUGAAGUGUUUGCAACUGAUAUGUAUGAAGGGAAUAUUGGUCAACGUGUGAGAUUGGUGUGUGUGCCAGAUUUUUGCACAACUAAAACUAUUGCUCUUGUUAAUAUGGCAAAUUUGGAUUGUUAUAGUAUGAAAUUUGGGUAGUAUGUACUGUUUUGCUUCGAAUAUUUUUUUUCAAAAUAAACGAAAACAACAAAUUA